AUGCCACCAAACUGGGACCGAUUAAUCCGCUUCAUCGCAACAGACGACCGCGAACUGCGGGGUCAACCCAUCCUACCUUCCCCCGACUUCGACGUCGGCACAACGACCAAAGAAACAAAACUCAAAGCAAAUGUCAUCUCUGUUAAAAACAACGACAUCUUCGACCCAGCUACGGCCGUCACCGAUGAAGUCGUCACCGUCAAGAAACUUCUCGGACCUGUGACGCAACAAGAGGACAACCAAGCCGACUACGAAGGCGAACUCUGCUUCAUCAUCUCACGUGACGCAAAAGACGUCCUCGCCUCCUCCGCCCGCUCCUACAUCGGCGCCUACCUCGCCGGCAACGACGUCAGCUCGCGGAAACUCCAACGCGACCCCCUCCUCGCAGGCACAGUCCCGCAGUGGAAUUUCAGCAAAGGCUUCGACACCUUUGCGCCGCUCGGCCCCCAACUCGUCAACAGCGCCGUCGUCGGCGAUGUUAACCGGUUGGAGUUGCGAACGACGGUGAAUGGCGAGGUGAGACAGCAGAGUGGGAUAGAGGAUUUAUUGUUCAAAGUGGAGGAGUUGGUGAGUUAUUUUAGUCAGGGGACGACGUUGAAGAAGGGCACGGUUUUUAUGACGGGGACUUGUGCGGGGGUCGGGUAUGCGAUGGCAGAGCCGCAGUUUUUGAAACCGGGGGAUGUGGUUGAGGUUAGGAUUUGGCCUGAGGUGGGGACUUUGAGAAAUUGGGUUGAGUUUGCUUAG